AUGUCCUCCCUCUCAAGUAAGCCUGACGGGUUCACCGAAUGCUAUGCUUGCACUCAGGUGGGUGUACCAGUUUUCCACUCCACCCGCUGUGACCAACCUCAAUUCAUGUCCGUCGAAGCCCCACUCGUCCCGCGUCGAUCCUGUGGCCCAUUCCGCCGCGUUUUAGACCCACGCAGCAAGCACGUGAAGAGGUGGAACCGCGCUGUCUUGCUCGCACGUGGCAUGGCUUUGGCCGUCGAUCCUCUGUUCUACAACGUGAUCUCGAUGUACGGGAGUGGGACUCCAUGUUUCUAUGUAAAUGUCGCUUUGGCGACUAUCCUGACCGUUGUUCGCACGUGUGUGGACUUGGUGCAUCUCUGCCACCUGUUGCUUCAGUUCAGGUUGGCGUACGUGUCGAGCGAGUCAUUGGUAGUUGGGUGUGGAAAGCUCGUGUGGGACACACGUGCGAUUGCAUCUCACAACCUGCGGUCCCUCAAGGGGGUCUGGUUGGAUGCUUUUGUUAUACUUCCGAUUCCUCAGGUGGUAACAUGGUUAGUUGUUCCAAAAUUGCUGAAAGAAGAACGGAUUAAGCUGAUAAUGACCAUACUUCUAGUAACCUACUUGUUUCAGUUCCUCCCCAAGCUCUACCAUACGGUUUACUUGUUGAAAAAACUGCAAAAGGUCACUGGUUAUAUCUUUGGCAGUGUUUGGUCCCGUUUCAACCUCAGUCUCUUUGCCUACUAUAUUGCUUCUCAUGUUGCAGGCGGAUGCUGGUAUGCCCUUUCUACACAACGUCUGGUAUCAUGUCUCCAGCAACAGUGUGAUAGAAGAAACAAGUGUAAUCUCUCUUUGUUUUGCUCGGAGAGUAGCUGCAAUCCGCCAUGUGGUGCUAACUUGACAGCAAUAAAGUCAUUGUGUUUAGAAGCUGAUGGGCCAUUCAAAUAUGGGAUCUAUACACCGGCGCUCGCAGUAUUUUCUAGCAAUUCCUUAGCUGUUAGAAUCCUUUAUCCAAUAUACUGGGGAUUUUUGAACCUUAGCACUUUCGGCAACGUACUUGAGCCUACAAGUAACUGUUUGGAAUUGACAUUUAGCAUAUUUAUCACGCUGGGGGGCUUGGCACUCUUCGUCACUUUGGUUGGCAAUAUCCAGAUAUUUUUGCAUACGAUCCUGGGAACUAAGAAAACGAUGCAGCUGAGAUACCGAGACAUCGAGUGGUGGAUGAAACGAAGACAGCUGCCGUCUCAUUUGAGACGGAGAGUUCGCCAUUUUGAGCGCCAAAGAUGGGCAGCCAUGGGAGGACAAGAUGAGAUGGAACUGAUCAGAGAUUUGCCCGACGGCCUCCGUCGGGACAUUAAGCGUUAUCUUUGCAUAGAUCUUAUCAAGAAGGUUCCUCUAUUCCACAUGUUGGAUGAUCUCAUUCUUGACAACAUCUGUGAUAUGGUCACACCCCUUAUCUACUCCAAGGGAGAAAAGAUUAUCAGAGAAGGAGACCCUGUGCAAAGGAUGGUAUUUGUUGUUCAUGGACGCCUAAAACGAAGCCAAACCCUUAGCAAAGGCUUCAUAGCUACGAGUUUGCUUGAACCUGGCGGCUUUUUUGGCGAUGAGCUUCUAUCCUGGUGCCUCCGCUGCCCACGUACAGACCGCCUUCCGUCCUCAACGGCAACAUUUAUUUGCCUAGACUCCAUAGAAGCGUAUGGCCUUGAUGCAUAUCAUCUCCGAUACAUUACCGAUAAUUUCCGAUACAGAUUUGCCAGUGAUAGCCUUAAGCGGACAAUGAGAUACUACUCGUCCAAUUGGCGGACAUGGGGAGCCAUGAUCAUCCAAUUUGCUUGGCGUCGCUACAAGGUGAGAAGUAGGGGUUCAGUGAUUGAUCCGAUGGUUGAAAAUAGAGGAACUGAUGAUGAGAAUCUGCUCAGACAGUAUGCUGCAAUGUUCAUAUCACUCCGGCCUCAUGAUCACCUUGAAUGA